CCAAUGGUUGGGGGGGUGUUAGAGUCGCGCGGGGACGCAGGAGAGAGGAAGGAGGGAAAAAACUGAACCUCCAUCAACGCGCUGGUGGUGCGGGGUCACGAACUAUGACCUUUAACAGGAGAAAACCAAAACAAAUAUUUUAUAAAGCAGCGGAGCGUCCUAAAUCUGCCACCGCCGUCCCGACGAGACCUCACUAAUGACCUUACAUCAUCAUCAUGACGACCAACCUGAAUCUGCUCUCUCGGCAGAACAUGGAUUCUGUGUAUGAGGUGGAGGUGCCAGUCUCUCCGCCAGACUCGGUGAUAGGUGAGUCUCCACAGCGCUUUCAGGUUAUUUCCACCGAGCCUGCCACAACACCACAGCGAAUACAGAUUGUAACCGACCAACAAACAGGUCAGAAGAUCCAGAUAGUGACAGCGAUGAACCCGUCCAGCGCUCCCAAGCAGCAGUUCAUUCUGACCACGGCUGACAGCUCAGGGGCAGGCAAGGUUAUCCUGGCCUCACCAGACAGUCACAACACUAAGCAGCUCAUCUUCACUGCUGCCGACAGCCUAAUGCCAGGGAGGAUACAGAUUGUCACAGAUCCAGUGUCGAUGGAAAGGUUGUUAGGACAGUCAGGGGAUUUGAGCCGACCUCAGCCGGUAGAGUACUGUGUGGUGUGCGGGGACAAGGCUUCAGGGCGUCACUACGGAGCAGUCAGCUGCGAGGGAUGCAAAGGUUUCUUCAAGCGCAGCGUGAGGAAGAAUCUGACCUACAGCUGCCGCAGUAAGCAGGACUGCGUCAUCAACAAACACCACCGCAAUCGAUGCCAGUUCUGUCGGUUGAAGAAAUGCCUUAAGAUGGGGAUGAAGACUGAGUCUGUCCAGAGUGAGAGGAAACCCAUCGAUAUAGUGCCCAGAGAGAAACAUGCCAACUGUGCUGCCUCCACCCAGAAGAUCUACAUCCGCAAGGAUCUCAACAGCCCGCUCAUCGCCACGCCGACCUUCAUCUCUGAUACGGAGACAGACGGCUCCAGAUCCAGCCUCUUGGACCAGGGGAUGCUGGUCAACAUCCAGCAGCCGGUCAUCCAGAGCGAUGGAACUCUGCUACUGGCAACUGACUCAAAGGUGGACUGUGGGCAGGGAGACCUGGGGACGCUAGCCAAUGUGGUGACAUCACUUGCCAACCUGAGUGACUCACUGAAAGAAAACUUGAACAAUGGCAAUACAUCAGACAGCCAACAAGAGGAGCAAUCUGCCAGCGAGAUAACACGUGCCUUUGACACCCUGGCCAAGGUCUUCAACCCACCUGAAGUAGGGGUCGGACAGGAUCCGGCUGAGAAGACUCAGUGUGUCGUUGGGACAACAAUACAGCUGAUCGGUCGAGACCAGGAGACCCCCAUCAUUGAGGUGGAAGGCCCACUGCUCACAGACAGCCAUGUCGGCUUCAAGCUGACUAUGCCCAGCCCCAUGCCAGAGUAUUUGAAUGUACACUACAUCUGUGAGUCAGCAUCCAGACUUCUCUUCCUGUCCAUGCACUGGGCCCGCUCCAUCCCUGCCUUCUCAGCUCUGGGUCAAGAGGCCAACACGUGUCUGGUGCGAGCCUGCUGGAACGAGCUGUUCACUCUGGGUCUUGCUCAGUGCGCUCACGUGAUGAACCUGUCGACCAUCCUCGCUGCCAUCAUCAACCACCUUCAGAGCAGCAUCCAGGAUGACAAGCUGUCAGGAGAGAGGGUGAAGCAGGUGAUGGAGCACAUCUGGAAGUUCCAGGAGUUCUGUAACAGCAUGACGAGGCUGGAGACUGACAGUUACGAAUACGCCUACCUGAAGGCUAUAGUGUUAUUCAGUCCAGAUCAUCCAGGCGUGGACAGCAAUGGGCAGAUUGAGAAGUUCCAGGAGAAAGCGCUGAUGGAGCUGCAGGACUAUGUGCAGAAAACAUAUCCAGAUGACACCUACAGGCUGACGCGUAUCCUGACUCGUCUUCCCGCCCUGCGCCUCAUGAACUCGAGCAUCACGGAGGAGCUCUUCUUCACAGGUUUAAUAGGUAACGUCUCUAUUGACAGCAUCAUACCCUACAUCCUCAAGAUGGAGAUGGCCGAGUAUAACAGCCAGGACUCCGACUCUACAUAAUGACACCCCAUUGCUCCCAGAACUAACGGUUUAAAGAGUCUCCACUUCAGGUACACUCUUCAUUUCUCGAGUGCUGCAGUGUUGAACUGAAGUCUUUAAUCCAGCCCCUGAACUUCUAAUGGUGCAAAGUCGUUCAGGAAUACCUGGUAGAUUAAGAUAACACGGCAUUGGAAAACCAGGAUGACUGGAAACGUUUUUUAGGGCGGAUGCAGUCAGUGGAAAAGGAAAUCUCUGCAGCUGAAAACUGCGCUCCUCUCUUUUUAUGUUGUUCAGCCGAGUUACAUUACCUUCUGACCUAAUGCCUUUGAAAUAAUCUCACACCUACCUAAGCCUUACCAUGUUCUCACGUUGAUUACAUACAUAUUACAGAAGCUUUUGAUAUCAGAUAAAAUACACAAACACAGCCCAGAAAUGAAACAUCAUACUGUAAAAACAGAAAUCUUACACGUUGAAGAGGAAUUCGAUCGGUUUGAAGAAAGACUAAUGUAAUUUGAUUACUUUGCAUUGGUGAACUUUUGUUUAUGUUGACCUUCGCAAAUAACAGUCCUGUUUUUUUAGAGACUGAGCCGAUGAAUUCAAGCUUUAAUAAGGACUGAGUUUUCUGAAUGUCGCAGAAAAUUUAAAUAAAACGUGCUUCGAAUGUUUUUUUUCCCCCCUUAACGUACAAUUCUUUAUCUUAACAACUAAACAAUUUCAAUCCUGCAUCAAGAACUAUAUCCCGUUUAUUGUAUUUGAUUCAUAAUUUAUUCUCAUUUUUAGCUAAUUACAACACGACCAGUGUCUGAACUUGUUCUGUCUUUCAGUUUUACUUUUAACUAAGACAAGUUAGCUGGAGAAAUGGACCAUAUAUCCAUUGUUAUACUAAACAACAUCUCAGAGAUUUUUUUAUGUGCAUGUGUUUUUAUGUGGUACGUGUAUAUCUCGGGUAUCAUGACUGUGUUGCUAAUAUAACCUGUGCAAUCACCUCAUCACUUUCUCCCUUUAUGACAAUCAAUUAUAUGUUGUCCCAUCAGUGUCAUCAUGACUGUGUUUCAGUCUGCAUUUUCUAAUUGUACUUGCCGGUGGCAAUUAUUUCUUUUACAUUAUCUUAUCUCGCGUAUGUGUAGCUAAGCUGCUGUUUUUUGUACCUUUUUUAUGUUGUUUAUGCAUUGGUAUUCUUGUGCACAUCAAUCGGCUUUCGUGGCAUUCCACUGCAUUCGUGCUGACGAUAACGUUUCGUUAUAUGUUUUCUAAAAAGUUUCUUUUGAUGUGAACAACUUUGCUUGUUGCAUACUAAGUGUACUUAAAGUACUUUUGGGCUGGUUUCCCUGGUGUAAGAAAGAACGAGAUUCUCUGGGAAGUCAGUCUCGGGUGCAUUAAAGUCUUGAAGACAGUAUGGACGUAUGCAUUGGCUUAUCCUCUUGUAUUAAGAAUAAGCAUCCUCAGCAACAUGAAUGAUAAAGGGGGGUGUACAUAAGUCAACCGUGGUUAUGUGUUGUGAAAUAAAUGUCAGUUGUUAUAUUUGGGUUGAAAACCCAAACGGACUUUGUAAAGGCACUGGUGAGAAUCGACCUUUGUACAUGUAAUUUCAUUAAAAUGAGAGCAUGUUGUUUUUAAGCAGGAUUUUAUAAUCUUGUCGCUGUCUGCCCUAAAAAGGAGCAUUGUUAUAAUUUUUUAUAGUGCAUUGCAAUGCAUGAAGAAGUUGCUUAAGCGCAUUUUAUUAAAUGCUGUUUGGAAAAAUGUUGAUUUAAAUGUUGUGGCUUUAAAAUAUUUACCAUGAGCGGCUCCUACAUUAAAGGAUUAAAAAUAUUAGAGCUUUUUUUUUUUUUUUUUUUUUCGUGGACUGAGCAUCCUGCGGUUAAAGUUUUAUACUGUGUAAAUGUUUUUCUGCUCAUGUAACAACAAAUGAAAUUGAGGAAUUCAAACAACACUCACGUUUUGCUGAAGUUGAUCACAACCCUGCAUCUCUACCUCACACCGAUGAACAUAAACAAAUGUAUUGACGACUGAGCUCCUGUAUCAGCAUUCCAGCCUCUCAGGCUGACAUUUUAAACAAAAUAAACAGUUAUUCAUGAAA